CCGGAAGAGGCCGGUCAGAGUUGAAAGGUCUCCCAAGUUUUCCAUCGUAACGCUAAGCUAAUAGCUGAAGAAGCUUUCUCUCCAAUUUAUAAUUAAAAUGUCAGCUUCAGAAGAAAACACAGAAAUAGCCACCCCGUGUGUGCUUGUCACUAGCUGUGACAGCGAGUUUAAAGAAGAAGAACUAAUCAAACAAAUCCUCAGUACGAAGACUUUACCCGAGCCGACAAAGCGAGAAGAAACAGUGUUCUGGUACCCUUGGACCAUCAACAACAAGUAUUAUACGGCAGAUGUCAGUCUCUGUGUUGUAUCAAGCACUUUUCACAUGUCGUCAGAGAUUGCCCAGUCCAUGCAAGCUUUCAUCGCUUAUUUUGACAGCAAAGCGAAAGAUGGGCUGCAAAAGCUACAACCUUGGAUCCCGGUAGUGGAAGAUCUUGCUCCAGAGGUGCUCAUCCUGGUCUGUGACAGAGUCUGUGAAAAUGGAGUCACCAGACAUGAAGCGCAGCAGUGGUGUUUGGCUCAUGCAUUUGAGCUUGUAGAACUCAAUCCUCAGGAGCUCCCAGAUGAGGAUGACGACUUUCCAGAAUCCACAGGUGUAAAGAGAAUUGUUCAGGCUCUCAAUGCAAAUGUGUGGUCCAGCGUGGAAAUGAAGGAUGGGCACAAUCAGGGCUUUGGUCUGAUGAGCAGUUUGGUGGCUUCCAGACAUAACAACCCACGCACUUGCCAAGAUCCACCAUCUUCCAGCUUACCAGUAGAGGGCACCAUUAACAAUGAGGAGCCUAACCAUACAGAAAGUACUACAAAUACAGACACACAGGAAGAGGCAGUAGUUGAUGCAAUGACUGAUUUGGACAUUCAGGAGCUCGCUAACCUCACAACUGGAGAUGUAGAUGUUGAUAACUUUGAACGGCUUUUUACCAAAUUAAAGGAGAUGAAAGACAAAGCGUCUUCAUUACCCCACGAGCAGAGAAAAGUUCACGCAGAAAAGGUGGCAAAAGCAUUUUGGAUGGCCAUCGGUGGUGAUGAAGAUGAGAUAGAUGGGUUAUCAUCGGGAGAAGAAAGCUAAAAGUAGCUGGCUGUAACUUGGACUCCUUUCACCUGAUCCUCCUGUUUUUCUUGGGGCUUCCACAAGAUUCAGCAUCCCGUGACAUCCUGCUUGCACUUGGAAAGUGGAGAUGCUUACAGAUGGCACUGUAGGCAUUGGUAUAUUUAGAAACUGUGGAUUCUUAACAUGAAAUGAUGUAUUGAAAAAACAGAUGGGAUUUCCUGAUUGCAAGAAAAGCAAAUGAGUGGCCCUGAUCCUCAAUCUACUCCCCUGGGUUCCUCACUAUACUUUAGCCCUAAGUGAACCUCAGCACGUGAUGGCGUUGAAGGUGGGGAAAGACAUGAAAUGUAUGUGGUUUGUGUAUUUGUUAUUAGGUACAUUGAUACAUAUAUUUUAAAGGUAAAUGAUGUGCCUUAUCCUAAAAAGACAUAUAAUGCACACUGGAAUAAAUUAACACAAAACCUUGUGAUUUUAAUUUUUAGUUAGUAUGGUUUAUUUGUUGUGAACACUCACAUGGGUUCACAAUCUCUAUUCAACUUAAAUAAAAGGAUAUGUGUAUUGUGCUUUGCGAUUAACUCUGCAGUAAAUAAGUAAUUUAGAUGUAGUGCAGUGGGGAGUUUCUAAUAUUUUAUCAAGCCUUAAUGAGUAGAGAAGCACAUUUAAAAAUAUAUUAUACUUUACAUACAUACCAUCACAAACUAUGCCGUUUAGCAAAAGAGUGUCGCGUCACCUCUACAGGUUUCCUGAUGAUAUAAUUUAUUACAGGACACUUAUCCACUUUAUGUAUAUCAAUUUCAAAUUUUUGUCACGGUGUAUAAUAAUGUUUCAACAAGCAACUUUACUCCUUGGUGCAGGGUCACGUAUGAGAGGCAGAGUGUACCCCGGACAGGUCGCCACCCCUAACACAGAAAGGGUCAAUUUAGUGGUACAAUGAAUGCCCCAGCUGCUGUGAGGCAACUGUUCUUUUUACAUUUAUAUUUCAUACAUAAUUCCUUUUACAGAGAAGCAGCCCUCUUUUUUACUGUUUUGCAAUUUAUUAAAAUUUCACAGAUAAUUCUAGACAUUUGAGAACAAAUAUUAGUCUACAUUAAAAAACAAAAACAUAAGACUUGGAUCAUAAAACCACUAAAAGAAUAUCAAGGAACUCAAGUACUGAUACAGACCUACUACAUACCUAAUGUACUGUGUAGUACAGUGUUUCCGUUCAGCACCGUGUAACUCCUUUAAAUAGAUUACUUGGUGACUCAGUCUUAUGUACUGUGAGUGAGUGCAGGAUUAACAUGGUGACGUCUUAGACAACGACCAAGGACAGUGAGCAUAGUACACAUGCCUUAUAUUGUAAUGUACAUGUAAUAUACAGUAUUUAGUGGACAAGCAAAUUACCACAACCAUUAAAGUGACACAAUAAACUUGAAAUGCAUCAUUUACCCAUAAGGAGCAUAGUGUACCAUUGGUUAACAAUUGAUAAUACAUAAGAAGACCUGCAUUGUUGUUUUCACUCCACACUGCCAACAACAGAUGAACACAACCUUGGUCACUGUACACUUCAUACUUCAAGUCACAUAGUGUCCAGAUUCAGUCAGUCUACUAUAAUGACUCAUCGAGCCUGUUAUCAAAUAACACUAAUGGUUGAUACAGUAUUCCUGUGCCACACUUCAGAACCAACUCACCUGAAAAGUUCAUCUAAGUAGUCUUACUGUGAAUCCACCCAUGCCAGAGUUCACUUUGAUCCACUCUUUCAAGCAAUGGAUGACUAGCAGAUUACGCAAGCUAUAAAUAUUUAUGUACAAUCAUAUUUAGGCAAUAAGAAAAAUAUAUUCUCAUGCAGGACAAUAUGCAAAAAUAACUUAGAAAAUGUCUCUUUCAUUGAGCAAAAUACUUUUAAUACAAGGGCUCUAUAUCAGAAACACUGAUACUGUUUUUUUUUUAAAACUAGACAAAAUACCAAUUCACUGAUCAGAUAAUUGGUUUCUUUAUUGAUCAUAAAUCAAUAAAGGAAAGUACCUUCUACUUAAAAUAUUAAUGAAAUAUAUUCUGUCACUAUAAAUAACAUUUCUCAUGUUAAUUUAUCGUUUGUUUAAUAAAUAAGCUUCCCAAUUCAGUGAUUGCUGGGACACUAAAGGCUUAUUCAUAAUAUUGAUUAAUUCAUAGAAUCAAAAAUGUUUUAAAACAUGUCGAUGGCCAAGUUGAAACUGCAUAUCUUCCAACUUGGAAAACAAACAUUUCAGUCUCCUUUGUGAAAUGUAAAGUUAAUUAACAGGAAGGAUGGACAUAAUAUGUAAAAGAAUAAUCAUGAAGAUGCAUUUCUGUCUUCUGAAAAUAAUAAAACCCAUAAAAAUGUCCUACAAUGACCAUGAAAUUGAGACACUAAAUGACACUAAAGACAGUGCUGUACAUGUGAUGAGAAAUGUCAAACACAGCAGGGGAAAUGCUGUUUCUGUGGAUUGAUUCCUAUGGGGGGUUUGAGUGUGGAUGGGAAGGAGGGCUGCUCCUAGGACACACUAGAGCAGUGGAUGCUGGGGGAGCCCAUCUGUGUGAGGACCUUGUCCAACCACUGAAGGGGACCAUUAAGAUGUAGCUCUAUCCAGCAGGGGGUGCUGGUCACUGUCUGACGUCUGCAGAACACAAAGAACGAAAGCACACAUUUCUGUCAUUGCUGAACCUUUUCUUCUGUACUAUAUUAUAACAGUCGUUGUCUUAUAGCUUAUGCAGUCCAUAUUUUUGGAAGAAUUUCCCGAACAGUGAUGCCAGCUCUGGGCUAUUUCUGAAGCCAUUCAAGUAUCUCCGAGGAUGUUUUUCUCCAAGGUGUUUGGUGCCAGAAAUACAACACGCACCAUUCAUAGUCCAGUGGGAAUCCCCCUUCCAGAGGCAGUCAGAAAUAUGUCCACACCCCACUUCAUACCCCCCUCACUACUGCAUGCCUGCUGCAUUCUUCCUCCUCUCUUACAGAGUCACAGUUACACCAUCCCCCAUCACCUUCUUUUCCUGUUAAAAGUCGGCUUCAGUCAACAACCCAAAGUCAUGUUUUUCUUCUUUUAUUCCUCACUUCUCCAAUUAUGAAUGAAGAUGUUUAACAACCUCUUUGGAAUAAUGUGCAUUCAUUUGUGUAAUAAGUUCUACAAUGGAUUCAAUUGUCCGCAUGUUUCCCAAACAGAGGGAACAUUUUACUGCCUAAUAAACAAAAUGUUGACUCA